AUUUCAUUUUUUAUUUGUUGCCUUUUUUUUUGGUUUGAAAGAAGUUCUGUACAUGAAGUUUUUAUGUGCUUUAAUUAGGAUUCCCAAUUGUUGCUGAGUUUAUGAGGUUGAGAAAUAUCAAGACAAAACACCUGUCACUUUUCAUGCUUUUCAUGUGAUAUUAGUUUUGCUUUAUUAAACUUUUUUCUUCUUCUUGCUGUAAAUUUUCAUAUAUAUCAUUUGUAUUGUAUAGUUGUAUGCUCAAAACAUUUAAAGAGGCAUUCUUCAAUAACAAAAUGUAGUAAACAUUGUUAACAGUUUUUUACAUUGUGCUCGUGAGUUUUUAGUUGAACAUUUAUGAGGUUUGCCACUCUGUGACUUGUUCAGACUUCUUCAGGGAAUCCAUAUCUUGGUGAGAAGAUAGCAACAAAGUAUAUAUAUAAUAUGGGAUGCUUUGUAUCAACCCCAAAAGAUUCAGGUGGAAAAAGAAGGAGGCCAGGAAACAUCGGUGAAGUGGCAGUUUUUGUUCCUGGUUUAAGGAUUCCAAAACCUGUGGAUUUUCCUGAGUCACUUGGUGACCACUUAUGCAAAAAUUUAGUGGAACGCCUUUGUGCUCUUAGGACACGUAUAGUUGUUAUGGCAGGACAAGAAGGUCCUACUAUCACAAGAACACGAAGACGAAGUGCCACCCAACAUGGAGGGUCAACUUUAGGUGAUCUUCUACAAGCUCUUGAAGAUUAUUUACCUGUCCUUCUAGGACUGGUUAAAGAUGGAAGCCCAUUACAACAUAAAGUACAAUUUACAUGGAUAAACCAAGAGGAUGAAUCAGAGGAAAUGGCAAUGUAUAGUGCUUGGUAUGAAGUAUUAUCUGUUUUGCACUUGAUGGCAACUUUAUCACUCUCACAAGCUAAUUUGUUGCUUCUACCAAGAACAUCCACUGAUGGUUAUUUGCCUAAAGUAUCAGAAGAAAGCAGGAGAUCUGCAAUUGAUAUUUUGUUAAAGGCUGCUGGAUAUCUUGAUUGUGCUGUAAGGCACAUACUUCCUCAGUUGCCUCCUGAACUCAGGAGAGAUCUUCCAGUUGACCUUGCUGAAGGAGUUCUUAGAGCACUCUGUCUUCAAGCACUAGGACAGGGUGUUGACAUACAACUUGGGCUUGCUAUUGAUAGUACAAAAGCCACACUUGCAGUGAAAAGAAGGCUUGCUUGUGAAAUGGUCAAGUAUUGGCAACAGGCUCAAGAUAAUAUUACAAAUCUCCCACUAGCAAAUGGUUGGGGUGAAAAACAUCGUUUCUAUGUGAAAUGGAAAUAUAUUGAAGCCAAGGCAGCUGCAUAUUAUUAUCAUGGUUUGAUUCUGGAUGAAGGUAACACUGAAAAAUCACAUGGAAUGGCUGUAUCUGCUUUACAAGCUGCAGAUGAGUAUUUAAAAGAAAGCAAAAGGUCAUGUGAAGCUUUCAAUUCAGCAGUUCCUCUUUCAAGAACUCCACCUCUUUGGGGAACUAUGAAAUAUCUUUCUGAAAAGAUUCCAAAAGACACUUCAAGCAAAGUGCGCAUCAACCGGGAUUUAUACACUUACGAAAAAAUCAUGGAAACAGCGCCAACUUUACCUGAUUUUGCUUUGGCCCUAAAGCCGGAUGAAUAUCAACUUCCUGAUGUCGAUUCCUCAUGGAACAAUGAAAAUGUGAACAAGGGGCAGAUUGGAAACAAUAAAGAUUAAGAACAAAUAUGACAUCAUGUGGUUGUGAUGCUAUGAAGAUCGACACUCGAAAGAUAUGGAUCAUAUCGUUUCAUUGUCAUUUCAACAACUCCAUUUUUUUUAUGAAUCAUUUUGUUGGUGAGUUUGUUCAAAAAGCGUUAUCACCGUUCAUAAUAGCAAUGUAUGAAUACUAUAAAUACAAGUGUUUAAUAUGAAAUAUGAAACUUGUACAAUGUUGAGAUCUUUGUGUAAGAUGGAGAUCGUUUGCUUUUA